AUGACGCAUUUAUUUCUAAAUGAAACAUCGCGGAAGAUGUUAGUAACAAAUGUCAAUCUGCUCGUCCAACGAGGGAAAGGUAUUCUAGCGGCAGAUGAAAACCCGUCGUCGCUGGUUAAACGAUUUCAGUCAAUUCAGGUGGAAAACACCGCGGAACAACGUCGAAUCUAUCGACAGUUAUUAUUUACAACGCCUGACAUUCAACAAUAUCUUAGUGGAAUUCUUAUGCAUGAAGAAACAUUUAAUCAAAGUACGGAUAGUUCAAUACCAUUUCCAAUGGUACUUGUUCAGAACGGAAUACUCGCUGGUAUUAAGCUCGAUCGAGGCUUAGAAUCAUUAACAAUAAAUACAAAUGAAACAACCACACUAGGUUUUGAUGACUUAGAAAGGCGAUGUGAAGAUUCUUUUAAUCGCGGGGCCCGAUUCGCUAAAUGGCGUUGUGUGUUCCAUAUAAAUGAAGCUUACAAUCAACCAACAGACAUAGCCAUUGAAAAUAAUGCGAUAAUUCUCGCACGAUAUGCAUCAAUCUGUUUAGUUCCUGUCAUUCAAUCAGAAGUUAUUUCCGAUGGUGAUCAUGAUAUAUACGCAUGUCAGUGCGCUUUAGAGAAAGUACUCUCCUCGAUAUUUAAAGCUUUGUCGGAUUACGAUGUCUAUCUCGAGGGUUGUGUACUCAAAACUAAUAUGGUUACGUGCGGACGUCGAGUAAAAAAGAAAGACAAAUGUACUGAUAUUGCUUUGGCAACAAUUACUGCACUAACCCGAACAUGCCCGGCAGCACUUGGAGGAAUUAUCUUUCUUAGCGGUGGUCAGUCGGAAGAAGAUGCGACAAACAAUCUGAAUGAAUUGAAUCGACCUGUCUAUCAAGAGAAAUGUCCUUGGGUAUUAACAUUUAGUUACGGACGAGCAUUGCAAACAUCAGCAUUGAAAGCAUGGAGCGGAAAACGAGAGAACGAAGUAAAUGCACAAGAGAGUUUUCUUAAACGCGCUCAAGUCAAUGCUCUUGCUUCUAAAGGAGAAUAUGACAAAUGA